AUGAAGAACGCGAAAAUCCUAAUCCAGAUGGCUCCCAGUGUCAACACUGGAUCGGAGAAAUGGUUGUUGAAACUUGGUUGUUACUUCAACGGCAGCUGUGGUCGCCUAGCAGAACCAAGCCCCAUUGAAGGGGUUAGGAGCGGAGCCCAGGGUCACCGCCUUUCCAGUUUCCCUGGGCUAAGGGAGUAUAAAGCCUCCGCUCCUUCGGCGUGUUGGCAGUUGCCUCCCAACGUCUCAACUCUCAACAUGGUCCGCGCACUGUUCACCGUCAUGGUCUUGGCCCUCGUGGUCGCCUUCGCCGCCGCCGGUCACUUCGGCGGAGGUGGAUUUGGUGGACACUCUGGUGGAUUUGGCGGUGGAAAAUCCGGUGGAUUUGGCGGCGGAGGAUUCGGAGGCGGAUUUGGAGGUGGACACAGAGGCUUCGGUGGAGGUUCCGGAGGAUUCGGAGGCGGACGCGGAGGGUUCGGCCGUGGAUUUGGAGGAUAUGGAGGGUAAAGCAUGACUUCGCACCACCAUCUUGGCCACAGAACAUGGCAUUUUGUAUUUCGAUAAUAAAAGUGUUAUAAAAAUAAA